AUGCCGUUGAUGUAUACAUUUUGUACAUGGCUGCCCUUACGUCUCGGUACUAUCAUCGUCGGAUUAAUAUCUGUAAUACAAUCAAUUAUAAUUGAAAUGGUUUGCAUUCUCAGUUUAAGUAUGACAGAUACAAUUUCUCGUGAAAUCAAUAAAAUGCUUCAUUCAAACAACAUGAUUUAUACGACGGAGAUUUUUAAAGCAAUCGAAAAAGAUCCGCGGAACUAUAUUACGAACAUUAUGUUUUACUUUUUGUUACAUACUGUUAGUUGUGUUGCGUUAAUAUACGGAGCUUUUAAGAGAUCAAUUAUUUUAAUACUACCAUAUAUUAUUCUGGAAUUCAUAAGACUAUUUAUCAUAUUUUACUCGGUGAUAACAUCUAUGAUUCUAAUUAAAAUGAAUGUGUUGGAUUUCUUAUUCCUAAUUUUGAUUUCUGUAAUUGGAGUAUUUCUUUUACAAAUAUUGAUUUAUUUGUGGUGUUGUCCGUUGAGUUUGGUGCAAUGCUUGAUAUUGGACAAGAAAUUAUUAGCGUCUCAUUCACGAGAGGCUUUCGAGUCGAACAACAGUGCGUUACCGAAAACUGCGGUAAACAUUCAAGACGUUGUAUAUGAUCCGCUAUCUGAUCAUUACGGAUGGAGACCAUUCAAACCUAGCUACAGUUAUCCUUAUGAAAACAUGCCACAAUACGAGUACUAACUACUUAUAGCCACGCAACUACGCAAAACAAUUAGUGUAAAAUAUAGAGUAGGUACUUAAUACCUUUUAUGUUAUGAUGAUGAGUAUUUUAAAAUUUAAAUAACCAUCGAAUGCAUUGAUUCGUAUCGUGAAGUAACCACUUUAAAAA